CAUUACGUGACAACGAAAUAAGAUUAACAGAAUCGAGAUUAAACGCAUAGCAUACAAUUAUUUAAUUCCGAACCGAGUGAACGCGUUGAAAUUUGUUGAACGCGUUUUUAAACUAAAGAUAAACCAACUCUGUGUUUUCCAGUCAUUUACGAGCUUUGAAAUUAGAAAACGUUGCAGCAAUGUCUGUUUGCCCCGUGCCGUUCAAUAUUUUAUCUAGAAGCGUUUCUACAUCAACGAUAUCGAAUCAAAUAAUUAAACUAACACGCUUAAGAGUAGUGGAUAACAGUGAAAUUGGGAAGCAGGCUAUGUUGGAAGGAAAACCACCGCGCUGUAUACAUGUUUACAAUAAAAAAGGCGUAGGACUUAUUGGAGACAGAGUGUUAGUUGCGAUAAAAGGUGAAAAGAAGAAAGGUAUAUUGGUCGGGCUGAAGAAACAUCAAAAUGCAAAGGUGCCAAAAUUUGAUAGCAACAAUUUAGUUCUCAUAGAUGACAAUGGAACACCUUUGGGUACUAGAAUUCAUGUACCGAUUCCACAUAUCCUUCGUACAAUGAUGAAAGAGAAGUCGUACGCCAAAGGUGCAGAUUACACAAAAUUGUUAGCCAUUGCCUCAAAAUUUGUUUAAUUAAUUUGUACAGCUGGUGCAUUUAAUCUUUAGAUAUUAAUGUAUUACUAGAUAUAUACAAUAUAGACAAUUAAAAUUUUCCAUUGAACGCAUUGGGUCAUGAUCUGUCGCAUUCUCUAUAAAGGUUAUGUCCAAUGAAAGAAUAUUUAAAACAAUGCGGAUUUCGAAUCAUUUAGCAUCAG